AGAAAACUGUUCCGCCAUUUUCAUUCUCUUCUCUAUUCCUUUUCGUCAUAUGGCGUAUUAGGUGCGUUCGCUUACGUCCGCCAUAUUAAAUGAAAUCAAUAAAAUAAGACAAAAUGUCGCCUUACUAAAGUGCGUGAAAAUAUCCACCAACAUCCAGUUAUUGUGUGAUUAAAUCAUCAAGAGGAUCACAAUGGAGAAUUCCUACGGUGUGGGAGUUGUGAACAGAUACGCUCUUUUCUUGGACGAUGAGUCCGAUCCUCUUGAUGCGUUAAAAGCGCGAGAGCAGGCGAAGGAGCUCAAAAAGAAAACCAAAGAAGCCGAAAAAGAGAACAAGGGCAAACCUGAAAUCAAACCUAAAGGUGGCGCUCCCGCUUCCAGGAAAGGUAUCAAGGAAACCCAGAAUGUAAAGUCUCAAGAAAAUAGGAGUGGUGAGCAACAGAAGGCCAAGGGUCCUGCCAGGCCUAAUGAACGCAACACUGAGCGUCCUCCUCCGCGUCGCCGCGAGGAUCGGCCGCAGAACGGUGCCGUCGAGAACAAGGAUGGAGCUCCGCGACCACCUCGGCGUGAGUUUGGUGAUCGUAGGCCCAACUAUGAGCGACGUAACUUCAGCGACAAUCCUGAUGGAGCCGAACGCCGCGGGCCUAGACCGCCUCGUGAGCCUCGUGAAGCUCGUGACGGACCGCGCGGGCCGCGUCCGUACGACAAUAGAGGAAAGCGUGAGUUUGACAGGAGAUCCGGCUCUGACAAGACCGGCGUGAAGCCAGUAGACAAGCGCGAGGGCGCCGGCCCUCACAAUUGGGGUACAAUCAAGGACGACAUAGACGAACUCAACAAAACCGGUUCUGAAGGAGAGGUUGUUGAGGAGAAGGCGGCUGACGCAGCUGGCGCUGGUGAUGGACAGCAACCCGAGGCCGAGCGCGCUGCUGCUCCUACAGAGGAAGAGCCCCGCGAACUCACACUUGACGAGUACAAGGCACUCCGAAAUGCCCAACGCACGCAGCCGCAAUAUAACCUGCGUAAGGCCGGGGAAGGCGAAGACCUCAGCCAGUGGAAGAACUUGGUGAUGCUCGAGAAGAAGAAAGAAGGCGAAAGAGGUGAGGAUGAUGAUAGCGAUGACGAAUAUGAUAUGGCCGAUUAUCCGCAGCGCGUGGGUCGUCAGAAGCGUGUGCUCGGCAUUGAGUUCACGUUCAACGACACAGCGCGGCGCGGCGGCACUGGAGGUCGUGGUCGUGGGCGCGGGCGCGGUAGAGGCCGAGGCCCGCCACGCGAGCCCGAGCCGAUGGAGGAGCGCCCGCCAUUGCGCGCGCAGGUCGCACCACCUAAAGUUGAUGACAGCAAGGAUUUUCCCUCUCUUGGCUAGACUCACAGUGAGCCUUCGUUCUUCUCCCUUUCGAUAGAGUUACAAAUUAACAUAUUGUAUGUACCGUUAUUUUUGAAGUAAAUAUACAAAAUAUUUACACAAGCGUGUAUUAUAUUACAUUAUAAAAUGUAGUUGAUUUCUUCGGAAAACACCUUUCAAUUUACUAUUGACCAUCGGGUUACAUUGACAAAGGUUAUAGGGAGUUGACUAGUCUUGCUCGCCAAUCACGUAGGAUUAGAGGGGGAGGAUUAUUUUUAAGAGUUUUUAAUUUUGGAUUCACAUAGCUACAAUAUGCAUACAAAACUAUAAUAACAGUAGCUUUUACGAUAUUGUAAUCACAUCAGCUUAUGAUUUAACUGAGUUUUAUGGAAUAAGGAUUUUAAACUUACUGACUGUGACAAGCUAUGAACUAACUCCGUCACAAUUUAGAGUAGAUCAUGCAAAGUAACCCAUGUUGCAUUUUUAUGUGAGUUUGUGUUGAAAAAAAUGCAGACUUUGGGAACUGUAAAUAGUUGAUAUAUGUUAAAAGAUAAGUUCUUAAAAAUAACAAGGUUGAUUUUUGUUGUUACACAACUUCAGAAAAAAUAAACAUUUUGUAUGUGUGAUAUUCUUCUUAA